AUUGAUCGCGCGAAUUGCGCCUGUCUGUGAUUCCCCCAUUCAAGCGACUCGUCGGUGGAUGGUCUACGACAAGCAUUAGUGUUUUGGCGAGUGUCGAGUGCACUGUCACGCUUGGGAUCGAAAUGGGAAAAAUCACUGAGUAAAAAUGAAAGUGAACGGGAGCUUCUCCAGGAGCAGCUCGGCGAGGUCCUCCAGGAAAUCGGCCGUCCUCCCGAAAUCCUCCUACUCCUCCCCGACGCCGGGCUCGGCCCCCCGAAGCCCGCACUACCACCACGAGCAGAAAUCCCCCAUCUACCCCAGGAGUCCYCUCGUGGAGCGGAGCGCCAAGUCCCCCAAAGUCCAACUGUGUAGUCCYUCGCAGACUGAACGAAUUUUCGAUUUUAAUCAAAGCACGGGGCCUAAAUCCCCGAAUCUGCCUCCAAAGUCGCCAAGAUCCCCCAGAUCCUUCAAUUACGAAGAGGUGCAGAUCCAUAAUGAGGGCACCUCCACGGCCAGUUUCAACCUCCAAAGUCCCCCAAAGUCGAAACUGAGCAAAGUGUUCCAUCGGCAACAGUACCAGUCGUCGAAGAGCGACUCCAGCAACUCCAAGUCGAGUCUUGAGUACCACUCAACCACCACACACCCCACGCGGGGCUACCAGGACAUCGAGUACAAAAUUUGCCAUUCGCUUGACUCAGAAUCACAAAGUGACACUCAAACCUGCUCGAGUUAUCGGUACUCCUCCCGGCAUUCCUCCUUCAAGGAGAAGAGCAAGAAACCCAAAUGCAACAUUAGGACAAAUCCGGGUUACGACGAAAGAUAUUCUUCAAGUAAAUCGAUCAACGAGUCCGAUCGCACAGAUAAGGCCCUUCUAAGGUGUCGCAAGUCAACUUCUGACCUCACCGACAUGACGGAUGAUGCCGCCAACACGACCAUGACCUCUUUAAGUCGACCCAGCUCCCCGCGGAGGAAAGGUUCAGUCAAAGGUGGUUUAGCGUAUUUAGCUUCUCGAAGAGGAUCGAGAGAUUCGAUUGCCUCCAACAUGUCGAAUGUGUCAAAUGAGGACAUCGGACCUUUGAACUUCCAGAACACGGCGAGGGGGCGCCAGAGACGCACUUCCAACUUCUUGGAAUUGCCCGUUCCAGACCACAUACGGCCCAGGGUUUGCUCGUUACCGGAAAAGGCUUACAACCCCCGACUYAGCGAUGAUCUCUACAGACUUAGGACUUUCAGCAUUACGAACAAAGGGGGCGUAGUCAAUUGCGGUGAUUCUAUUAUUAAUCGUCGGUCUCGAUCCAACACCAGUGUCAACUCCACGGCUAGCAGAGCCAGUAACGUGUCUGGAGAGCGCUCGCCUUUCGAUGGUUCCUGCUGUGGUUCUGGCUAUCACACCGUCGAUUCCACCCCCCUGGGCUCUCCUGAAGAGAUGGAAGUGCCCAAGUAUCGAGUGGUGAUGUUGGGCGAUUCGGGKGUCGGGAAAACUGCUCUCGUAUCGCAAUUUAUGACCUCCGAAUACAUGAACACUUACGACGCAAGUUUGGAUGACGAGUUCGGAGAGAGAACAGUUUCGGUCCUCCUCGACGGCGAGGAAUCAGAGAUGAUUUUUAUAGAUCACCCGUCGUCUGAAAUGUCGGUGGAAAAUUCGCUGAGUACUUACGAACCACAUGCCUGCGUCGURGUCUACUCUGUAGUGGCGAGGGCGAGCUUCCAGCACGCUGAAGAGACCCUCAACUACCUCUGGAGGGAGGGGUACACGCAGGAGAAGAGCGUUAUUGUUGUGGGAAAUAAGGCGGACUUGGCCAGGUCGAGGGUCAUCACAGCGAACGAGGGCAAAGCGCUGGCGGUGGCGCGCGACUGCAAGUUCAUCGAGACYUCGAGCGGCAUCCAGCACAACGUGGACGAGCUCCUGGUGGGGAUCCUGAAGCAGAUCCGGCUCCGGGAGUCCCGCGAGAAGAAAAAGUCCGGGUCGAAGAAGGAGAGCAACAAAUUGCACGGCUCCAAGACCAGUCUCAGCCUCAACAUCGCUCGAGAGAUCCUCCAGAAAAUCUGUAUGAACGAUAUAAGCAAGUCGAGGUCUUGCGAAAAUUUACAUGUUUUAUAAAUUGUUGUAGAUUCUAUUUUUCUACGCUAAUUCUGAUAGAGACGAAUUUGUGUUGGAUUUGUAUAGUUUUCUACCUGUUUUAGCUACAUGUGAUAUUUAAGUGGACGUAGCAAUGGACGCUUCAUGUCUCCUUUUUGACGAUUUCUGCAAGAAUGAUGACCACGUUUUGGUUUAGUGACGAGGGUGAUCAAUCCCAAGUAGUUUUAAGGCCUAAAGUUGUGUAAAAUAGUAGCUCACUCCUGAGUUUUUGUGCACUCAUUUGUGAUUUUUUUUUUGCUUCACUGCCUGCGCUUCAAAUUUUUUCUAGCAAUUAGUCAAUUAUUGUAUCAUCGGGUGCGGUCAGUUAUAUUAAUUAAAAGUGGAGCACGAAUUUGAUAAACGUGACAAACGAUCGCCUGGUGUAUUAAAUUUGUGUAUAUUUAUAGAUAGAGGAAUCAUCAUCAUAGAAUGUUGCGAAAUGAGACUGAACCAUUUAGAUGUUUUCAUAAGACUUUUAUAGUUUAGUAGAAACUUUGUUACUUUUCUAUUAAUCAAAGAGACUGCUCAGUAUCUCUUUCUACUUAUACGACUGUUCGAAACUCUCUUUUUUUCGUUCAAUUUUUGUCGAAGUGUCGAAAAUGCARCAAAAUCGCGGCUGCCCGCUGAGCCGUCUGCAGUUAUUGUCUUGUUUUCAACAAAAUAAAACAAUUUUUCGAAUCGA